AUGUCAUCAAAAGGGGAAACAGAGGCCGAUUCUGGCACCGUGUCGCCAAAUUUGACUGCUGUUAAAAAUGAACCGGCAACACCUACAGCAAGUAAGGAAACUCCUAAGAGGGGAAGUGGUACACUGCUAAAAUGUACUACAUGCAAUAGCUUUAGUACAUUAAGCAGUCGUGCUUUAACAACACACAUGGCACAGUGUUCACCUGACAACAACAAUGUUGCGGCAGCGCAGAACACGGAUGCGAGGCCUCAUCGAAAACUAUUUGAAUGUGAUGUGUGCAAUAUGAAAUUUUCAAAUGGCGCCAAUAUGCGUCGACAUAAAAUGCGACACACAGGGGUUAAACCCUACGAAUGUCGCGUUUGUCAAAAAAGAUUUUUCAGAAAAGAUCACUUGGCUGAACAUUUCACAACUCAUACUAAAAGCUUGCCAUAUCAUUGCCCAAUAUGCAACAGAGGUUUCCAACGACAGAUCGCCAUGCGUGCACAUUUCCAAAACGAACAUGUUGGACAACACGACCUUGUUAAAACUUGCCCACUUUGUAGCUAUCGCGCCCCCACCAUGAAGAGCUUAAGAGUUCAUUUCUUUAACAGGCAUGGCAUAGAUCUGGACAACCCUGGCCCAGGCAACAACUCAGUGUCACUUCUUGCUGCCGGCAUAGCUAAUGCAGCAUAUGCAGAUGGUACUAUGGACCCUAGUGCGAUCACAGCUCUCGGGGCACUAGGUUCUGGGCUCUCGGUCUCUGUUGCUGCAGCAUAUUCAGACAGUGGAGACAGUAAUGGAGCCCGCUCAGUUGAUAAUGCGACACCACCUAUGCAUUACCUCACACCGCAUGUGGAAAUAUCCAUGGCUGAUAAUAAUGAAACAUUCUCACCUGGGCAGACCAAUCACCAAGAUUCCCGCAUGAAUGGUGAAGGGCCAAGUUCACCGCAGUCUGGCGACAGUGCAAUAGCCAGCAGUUCACUGUCUGCAGGACUCCCCACCAAUAUAACACCGUCUAUCACUCUUAUACCUAUUAAGCAGGAGCCAAACGUUCAAGACGAGUCUAAUACAACAGAAGGAGAGGCUAACGGGAACGACAAGCGUGAUGUGUCUUCGAGCCUCUCCUCGCUUAUCAAAGUGUCACCACUAAAGAGCCUACUGAGAGAGGAUUUGCGUCGCCGUAUCUCAGCCAGAGGGCGCACAAGGGGAUCUAAUACAUCCCGAGCCUCUCCAUCUGAGGGUGGUAUGAUAACUUCCACCCACGGGGACGCUGCAAUGCUUCCCUCUUCGCUUGUGUGCACUUUCUGCUCCAUCACCUUCCCCGAUUCAACCCUGUACUUCUUGCACAAAGGCUGCCACUGUGACUCCAACCCUUGGAAGUGCAACAUAUGCGGAGAGCAGUGCUGCAAUGUCUACGAAUUCAACUCGCACCUCCUGAGCAAAAGUCACCAA